UAGAGACAAAAAGCAGAACACAGUUCAUUCACACAGCGCACAAACGCACAGCAGAAUUCUAGGGAGAGAAAAGCUCGAAUCUUUUCACGUCUUACGGAAAACUCGCAUGCGAUUCCUUUGCAGGUGACGAAAUCCAUUGUUGGGUUUGAAUCAUGCCGUCGGGUGCGAAGAAGAGAAAAGCCCUGAAGAAGAAGAAGGAGAAGGAAUCUAUCGGAAUCGGUAAGGGGAACGACAACGGCGACAAUCUUCCUGGUAAUGAUGAUCCCGAAAGUGAUGGCAAUCUGAGUUCACCUAAUUCUCGCGGAAAUGGAGAAGAAACGCAUCCAUCUGCUUUUGAGAAGGACAAAGCUGAGACCUCUGUUCUUGUUGAUUCCUUCAAACCUCAUGUUUCUGCAUCCGAGGUUGUGAUAUUUGACGAUAAAGAUCAAGUUAAGACCUCGAACAUAAGUUCGGAUUCUGUCGAUCAUAAGUUUGGUGAACUAGAAGAGAAGGAAAAACUUAAAGACGGUAACUUGAUUACACCCUCAGAAGAAUCUGCUGAAAUGGGCAAAGAAGCCAAGUCGGUUCUACAAUCUGAAAUUCCAGAAUGUCCCGAGGCAAAGAGUCUUUUGGCAUCCGGUCCACCGGUUGCACGAACGUCAUGGUUGAGUUGCUGCGGUUUGUUUGAUGCGAUGGCAGGGUCUGAACGAUAAAUCACAGGUUGAGAUUCUUAGUACCCGUUUUUUAUAUCCGAUUUAUCCGUUCCUUAGUGUUACUGCUAUCUUCAUCUAUAUUAUCCAUGACUGGGGAGUCUGGGACUUGUGUUCUUGUAGUGUUCUUGUGUUGGUUUCUCUUUUGAAGUAAUUUACAAUUCUUCCCUCUUCGGCUGCACUAAGCUUUAGCAUAUAAAAGUUUUAAUACGAGGAUGGAUCGCCCAUGGACUUGGAAUCUUGGAUUGGACAGUGUUUCCUUUCCUAUCUUUGAAACCCUUCUCUGAGAUGCUUUUUGCCAGCUUUGUAGUUGAAAUUGGUCAGAGUUGGAGUAGUGAGCUUUUUGUUGUUCAUCUGUUUCAAAAUUUUUAGCUGCAUGAAAAUUUUCGGUAAAGAUC